AUGGCAGUAGAACCCAGUAGACCACUCACAGGGAUCCUGCUCCCCUCCCUCUCCUCCCUCCCCUACCUGAUCUCCUUCCAGGUGUUGUGCUCCUGGUGGGCGUGGUCUGGCCAGGUGCCCCCCCUCCUCUUUUGGUGUGUCUCUGUGAUGUCACUGGGCUACUCCUCCUCCCACCUCCUGCUCCUCUACUGCUACCAGCUGCCCUCGCUGCAAGAGGCGUGGCCUCCCAACAGCACCUCCGCCAGGGUGCUGGGUCUGGUCUCGGUGGUCUCGGGGGACUGUGCUGCCCCCUGGAGGCUGCAGGUGAACCCUGACCUCAGCUGGUUUCACUUCAGCAGCCCUCUGAUGCUGCUGCUGCUCUACAACACCACGGCCAGUCUGAGGAGGAACCAGCUGAUUGGCGGCGAUGGGGGGCAUGUUGUGGAAGGGGCGGGGUCAGCCAUCAGCGGGAGCUGUGACAUCAUCACCACCACCAGCAACCUGAGUGAUGAUGUCAGUGGUGACAUCACAGCGGAGAGGCGGAGGGAGCUGUGGAGGAGAGGACACGAGCGUCCGCACAGAGACGCUCUGGUGUCUUCCACCAAUGAGAGUCCCUCUGACUCCUUUGCCCCGCCCACCCAGAGCACAGCCCUGGGAUUGGAUGUUGACUCCACGCCUCACUACUCUCUCAGCCAAUCAGACACGUUGGAGACGUGUGUGUUUGACGGAGACGGAUGGGACGAGGAGGAGCAGGAGGAGGAGCAGGAGAGGAGGCGUGGCGAGGAGCGUCCUGGCCCCGCCUCCUCCGUGGCGUUCAGCUUCCUGCUGAGGCAGAGCUACCUGGCGGCUCUGGUGGCCAUGAUGGCGUGGCCCGUGUCCUACGUGUCGUGGCUGUCCCUGGUGCUGCUCGUCUGGUCCUGCGUCCUCUGGAUGAGCCGGGAGCGCCGCCGCUACACGCUGAUGUCAUCGCCCUGGCUGGUCGCCUACGGCAACCUGCUGGUCGUCCUGCAGUACGUCUACAGCUUCCCCGCCGUGCAGGAGGUCCCCGGGCUGUUUCCACGGCAACAGGAGCCCUGCAGGGAGCUGGCCUCCAAGUUGUUGUGUCUGCUGAGCUUCUGGUUGCUGCUACGCCAGUCGAUCACUGAGAAGAGAGACAGGCAGAGAGACAGACAGCUGUCGACCGUCACUGUUCACUCAGAGGAGGAGCAGCGUGUGGACGAGGAGGUGCAGAAGGAGGAGGUGUCGUAUGAGGAGGUGCUGCUCCUGCAGGGAGGAGGAGGAGGAGUGAGGAUGGAGGCGCUGGUUGCCGUGGUGAUGAGGAUGUUUGUUAAAUACUGGAUCUACGUCUGUGGAACGAUGUUCUUCUUCGUCAGUUUUGAAGGAAAAAUCGUCGUCUACAAAGUGAUUUACAUGGUGAUGUUCCUCUGCUGCACCGCCCUCUACCAGUUGAACUACGAGCGGUGGCGUGCCAUGCUCAGGGGUUUCUGGGUAGCCGUGGUGGUUUACUCCAUGUUGGUUCUGAUCCUGGUCUACACCUUCCAGUUCCCCUCGUCCCCCCAGACCUGGAGCCACUACACCGGCCUGAGCACCCACAGGUUGGAGGAUGUUGGUUUGGAGAAGUUCUCGGUUCCGGUUCUCUUCACCAGGAUCUUCAUCCCUGCGGCGUUCCUCCUGGUGUGCAUUGUUCACCUACAUUACUUCCACCAGCCGUUCCUGCAGCUGACCGACCUGAAGACGGUGGUGGACACUCACAACAGCACCAUCACCAGGUUGGUACACUCUGACGGCAGCCUGUUCGACCUGUCGGUGGGCGGAGCUCCUCAGAUCCUCCUAGAGGAGAAAGGACAGAGGGAGAGAGAAGAAGAGAAGGAGGAGAAAUGGAGAGAUGAGGAGGAGGAGGAGGAGGAGGAGGAGUACCCCUGUAUGUUUGAGAGAGAAACCCUGUCUGACCAAAUUAAAGGUCUGGUCUCAUGGCGGCUGGUGGUGGACCGCCUCUCGGUUCUCCUCCUGCGCCUCCUCCUCUCCCUGCAGCGCCUGCAGCACCUCCUCUGGUGGCUCCUGGAACUGCACAUCGUCAAGAUCGUCUCCUCCUACAUCAUCUGGGUCUCUGUGAAGGAGGUGUGCCUGUUGAACCUGGUGUUCGUGCUGUGCGUGGCGGUGGCGCUGCCCUGCAGGCCAUGGCGCCCCCUGCUGGCGGCCGUCUGCACCGUGUGGACCUGUCUGCUGACCGUCUGUAAGAUGCUCUACCAGCUCAACGCCGUCCAGCCAAUCAGAUACUCCUCCAACUGCUCCAUGCCAGGUAACUCCAGUAUGGACCUGUCUCACUCUGUCCUGUACUCUGGUCCUGUCGACCCGGCCCAGUGGGUGGGGCUACGCAAGACGGACGGGAAGCUGCUCGACUACCUGAGGUAUAACCUGGUGAUGCUAGCGCUGCUAGCCUUCGAGGUGACCGUGUACCGCCACCAGGAGCUCUACCGUCUCCGCCGUAAUGAAGUCCCGCCCCCGACCAGAACCCUGUUCCAUGACAUCACCAGGUGUCACCUUGACGAUGGUGUCCUGAGCUGCAUCAAGUACUUCCUGAACUACUUCUUCUACAAGUUCGGCCUGGAGACCUGCUUCCUGUUGGCCGUCAACGUGAUUGGUCAACGGAUGGAUCUGUUCGCCGUAGGCCACUCCCUCGGCCUCAUCAGUGUCCUAUCACGGCGCAGCAGGAAGCGCAUUGCCGCCGUGUGGCCGCGGUACUGCUACUUCCUGUCGGGGCUGCUGUGCUUCCAGUAUCUGCUCUGCAUCGGGUUCCCUCCAGCUGCCUGCACAGACUACCCGUGGAGACCUCCGUCCUCCAGGGUGGACUCUAACGUGGUGAAAUGGCUCUUCCUCCCAGACCACCUGACGCCCCCGAACCCUCUCUUCCUCCUCUAUGACUUCCUGCUGGUCCUCGGCGCGGCGCUGCAGCUGCAGGUGUUUGAGGACGAGCUGCAGCCGGAGGUCCAGGUCCUCGCCGGGGACAACGGAGAGCUGGACGAGGACGACGGACAGCUGCCUGAGCCAAUCACACGCCUCCGUCUCAACACAGGCCCUGACUUCAUGCUGUGCAGGUCCUACCUGGACAUGAUGAAGCUCAUCAUCUUCAGCUACAUGUUCUGGUUCGUCCUCACCAUCAUCUUCAUCACUGGGACGACCAGAAUCAGUAUCUUCUGCAUGGGUUACCUGGUGGCCUGUUUCUACUUCCUGCUGGUGGGCGGAGACCUGCUGCUCAAACCAAUCAGAUCCAUCCUGCUCUACUGGGACUGUCUGAUUGGCUACAACGUCUUCGUCAUCACCAUGAAGAACGUCCUGUCGAUCCUGGCCUGUGGCUUCAUCAAGUCGUUGGUGUUGAAUCACUGUUGGUUGAUUCAACUCUUCAGUCUGGCCUGCACCAUCAAAGGAUACAGCAAACCGGAGCAGCAGAGCAGUAAACAGUGUGAGUUGCCUAGCGACGAGGCGGGCAUCAUCUGGGACGGAGUGUGUUUCUGUUUCCUGCUGCUGCAGAGGAGAGUCUUCAGGAGCCACUACUUCCUGUGUGUAGUCCUGGAGCUGAGAAAUACACAACUACUGGCCUCCAGGGGGGCGGAGCUCUUCGAGGCAUCCACAGUGAAAGCUGUCAGAGCGAGACUCGAGGUGGAGAAGACAUCCAUGGACCUGCUGAAGAGACAGAUGGAGAGGAUAAAGUCUCGGCAGCAGAAGUUCCGCAGAGGGAAAGAGCAGCUGUUGAGUCUGACGCGGGACAGCUUCCACAAGGAUGGUCAGGAAAACAAAAAGGGGACGCGUGCAAAGAAAUGGUGGAGACCCUGGGUUAACCACGCUUCCAUGGUGAGGAGCGGGGACUACUACCUGUUUGAGACCGACAGCGAGGAGGAGGAGGAGGAGGAGAAGAAGGAGGAGGAGGAGGAGAAGAAGGAGGAGCUACCUGAGAAAUCAGCCUUCCAGUUUGUCUAUCACGCCUGGAUAACAGACUCCAGAACAGCGAUGAGAGCUCGCAGCAACCAGAAGAAACUCUGGAGGAAGAACUCCUCUGAAAGAAGGAGUCGGAAGGAGGAAGAGAGAGGAGCUGGAGUCAUCGAGGUGACGGAGGAGGACACGGAGGACGAGGAGACAGAGGACGGGCCGGACACGGCACUGCGUCGGUUCUCCAACACCCUGAGGUUCUGUUGGGUUCUGCUGUCGGCUCUGCUGGACUCUCUGACUGCCUGGCUCAGAGGUCUGUGUCAGGAACACAUCGACAUCUCCACUGUGCUCCGGAUCGAGCGCUGCAUGCUGACUCAGCAGGCCAAACAGGGCAAAGUUCCCACCAGGGAGGCAAUCCAUCUUUACUACCAAGAACAGAUGAUGAACUCCUCCAGAGAGUCCGGCCUGGACUACAGUACCUACGAGGCCGAGGGGCAGACGUCUCCAGGAAGAGAAGAACAAGAACAGACAGGGAAUCCUGAAAGUGAAGAAAAAGCAGGAGGUCAAAUUGCAGAUGAAAAACCAGGACCACUAUCAGGAGCAGAUGGUCCCUGUGAGCCAGAACCAGGACCAGUAUCAGGAGCAGGUGGUCCUCAUGAACCAGUUUCAGGACCAGAUGGUCCCUGUGAAUCAGAACCAGGACCAGUAUCAGGAGCAGGUGGCCCUCAUGAACCAGUUUCAGGAGCAGAUGGUCCCUGUGAAUCAGAACCAGGACCAGUAUCAGGAGCAGAUGGUCCUCAUGAACCAGUAUCAGGAGCAGAUGGUCCUCAUGAACCAGUAUCAGGACCAGAUGGUGCCUUUGAACCAGAACCAGGACCAGUAUCAGGAGCAGUUUGUCCUCAUGAACCAGUAUCAGGACCAGAUUGUGCCUUUGAACCAGAACCAGGACCAGGAUCAGGAGCAGAGGGUCCAGUGGAACCAGGACCAGGAGAAGGAGCAGAGGGUCCAGUGGAACUAGAACCAGGGCCAGGACCAGGAGCAGGAGCAGGAGCAGAAGGUCCAGUGGAACCAGGACCAGGAGAAGGAGCAGAGGGUCCAGUGGAACCAGUUCCAGCAGUAACAGAUUACCCAGAAUACCUGGUGACUAAGACCAGCCAGAGACGGCGACCCAAGCUGUCCAGGAUGGAGAGAGUCCAGUCUUCAUUGUCUUUGUCCUCUUUGGAGGACGAGAGGACGAGUGGGACUCGCAGUGAAGGAUCGAGGCAGCAGCUUCCUGUGGACCGGCGUCUGACUCCCACGCCUACUCUCGAUGCCUACUCCCCCGCCUCCCUGCUCCCCCCCUCCUACAGCCUGGCUCUGGGCCUGGACCUGCAGGAGACUCGGAGCGACCCGUCAGACUCGGCGUUCGCCUCCUGUCCACUGGCGUCUCGCGCUCAGGAGCUGACGGCCAGUGAGCUGCUGCGGAACAGGACUUUCUACGACGAGGAGCUGGCGGCAUCGGACCGUUUCUACAGCGACCAACACCAGCUGCUGCAGCUGUGCUACGCCCUCUACAACAUCCUCGCUGCCAGGUCGGAGACGGUGUGUUACCUGGUGAUCGUGUUGAACCACAUGGUGUCGGCCAGCUGUCUGACCCUGGUGCUGCCGGUCCUGGUGUUCCUCUGGGCCACGUUGUCGGUCCCUCGGCCCAGUAAGACCUUCUGGAUGACGGCCAUCAUCUACACCGAGGUCACCAUCGUCAUCAAGUACUUCUUCCAGUUCGGGUUCUUCCCGUUCAACCAGAAGCUGGAGGUGGACCGCUCCAAGCCCUUCCACCCCCCCAACAUCCUGGGGGUGGAGAAGAAGGAGGGCUACGUCCUGUACGACCUGCUGCAGCUGCUGGUGCUCUUCUACCACCGGGCUAUACUGAAGUGCCACGGUCUGUGGGACCAGACCGACACCGAGGCCGACGCCCACCAUCUCCAUGACAACCGAUAUGACCACAUCGACCCGGUCGAUCCCGCCACCACGCUGCGGCGCCGCAGCCGGAGACGGACGAGAUCCAGCUCCACACAGCGACGCUCGCCAGCAGGCAGCGUGAGCUCCGGAGCGGCGGUGGCGGCGGCGCCCGGCAGGUUCCAGCUGCUGCUGCAGAAACUCACAGAACUCUCCAUCAGAGCCAAGAGGUUCUCCGUCAGCAGGUGUAUGUCUCUCUAUCGUCCUGUCCUUCAGUUCUUCAGAGCUCUCGUCCAACCAGAGUACAGCGCCGUGACGGACGUCUACGUCCUGAUGUUCCUCGCCGACACCGUCGACUUCAUCAUCAUCGUCUUCGGCUUCUGGGCCUUCGGAAAACACUCUGCAGCUGCUGACAUCACUUCCUCCCUCUCAGAGGACCAGGUCCCUGAAGCCUUCCUAGUCAUGGUCCUGAUCCAGUUCGGUACCAUGGUGAUAGACAGGGCUCUAUAUCUGAGGAAGACAGUUUUGGGGAAGUUGGUCUUUCAGGUGAUUUUGGUUUUUGGGAUUCACUUCUGGAUGUUCUUCAUCCUGCCGACGGUCACGGAGAGGCGGUUCAACCAGAACCUGGUGGCUCAGCUCUGGUACUUUGUGAAGUGUGUGUACUUCGGCCUGUCGUCCUAUCAGAUCCGCUCCGGUUACCCGACUCGAGUUCUGGGAAACUUCCUGACCAAGAGCUACAACUACCUGAACCUCUUCCUGUUCCAGGGCUUCCGUCUGGUCCCCUUCCUGACGGAGCUGCGUGCGGUGAUGGACUGGGUGUGGACAGACACCACUCUGUCUCUGUCCUCGUGGAUCUGUGUGGAGGACGUCUACGCUCACUGCUUCGUCCUCAAGUGCUGGAGGGAGUCAGAGAAGCGGUACCCUCAGCCGCGCGGCCAGAAGAAGAAGCGAGUGGUGAAGUACGGGAUGGGAGGUCUGAUCGUCCUGCUGCUGAUCGCCAUCGUCUGGUUCCCGCUGCUCUUCAUGUCGCUCGUCAAGUCGGUGGCGGGACUCGUCAACCGGCCCAUCGACGUGUCUCUCACCAUCACGCUGGGAGGCUUCCAGCCGAUCUUCACGAUGAGCGCUCAGCAGAACCAGCUCAGAGAUCUGACGGAGGAGGACUUCAGCUCCUUCACCAGCUCCUACAGCUACACCUCCAGUGCCUUGCAGUUCCUGGAGGCGUACGGCCCUGAGGACGUGACGGUGGCGGAGCUGCAGGGCAGCAGUAACUCCCUGUGGACCAUCAGCCCCCCCAGCAGGACGUACCUGAGCCAGGUGCUGCGCCUGGACCACUUCCCCCUGACGCUGUCCUGGACCGUCCAGAGGAACCUCAGUCUGGGGGGGAAGGCGGAGCUUGCUUCAGGUAAACAUGUGACCUACCUGGACGACGAGACUCGCCUGGAGCUGGUCCAGCUGCUCAAUGGGACCAGGUCGCUUCCUGUGGUGAUACAGGAAGUGUUCCCGUGUUUCCUGCGAGCUCCCAGCGACUCCAACGCCAAACCCAUCGAACAGCUCUACAAAGACGGCCGCUAUAAGGACAUCCUGCUGGCUCUGGAGCGGUCAACCAAUCAGAGUCGAGAGAUCCAGGAGUGGUGGAUCGUCGACCAACCGGCCGGCAGCCUGGUGCCAUUGGGGGGCGGGGCCUCGCUGACUGACAGGAGGGAGGCGGGGCUUCAGCUCUUUGUGUUCAGUGAUAAAGUCAGUCCUCCGAGUCUCGGCUUCCUCGCUGGAUACGGUAUCAUGGGCCUGUACGCGUCGGUGGUGCUGGUGAUCGGGAAGUUUGUGCGAGAGUUCUUCAGCGGCAUCAGUCACUCCAUCAUGUUCGAGGAGCUGCCGAGUGUCGACCGGAUCCUCAAACUCUGCACCGACGUCUUCCUGGUGAGAGAGACGGGUGAGCUGGAGUUGGAGGAGGAGCUUUACGCCAAACUGAUCUUCCUGUACCGAUCCCCGGAGACGCUGAUCAAAUGGACCCGCCGCUGACAUCUGAUUCGUUUUAUUGUGAAAGUACCAACCUGAACACUUCCUUUUCCAAGGAGUCUGACAUGUUUUAUUGUGAAAGUUGUGACCUGAACACUUCCUUUUUACUGGAAUCUGCUUUGCUUUAUUGUGAAAGUUGCAUCUUGAACACUUCCUUUUAACAACAUCUGAUUUAUUUUAUUUUGAAAGUGCCAACCUGAACACUUCUUUUUCCAAGGAGUCUGACUUGUUUUUAUUGUGAAAGUUGCAACAGGAGCACUUUCUUUCAACAACAUCCGAUUCGUUUUAUUGUGAAAAUUGGCACUGAACACUUCAUUUGAAUUGGAGUCUGAUUUGCCACAGAUCUUAUUUUGAAGGUUUAAAGAACCGUUUCCUGUCUGCCAGGUGGCCAAUAGGAGCAGCAGGGAGGCGGAGCUUGUCUUCAUAUUAUUGAUUAUUGAUGAUCAAUAACUGCAGGGAAACGUCUCAUCCUGGAGAACCUGAAGUUCACGGUAGUGAUGAUUGGUGGAUAUUUAUACUAGUGUUAAGCUCCGCCCACCAACAAAAAUAAACCAUAUGAUUGGACGCUGCUGCUGACACUCACACACUAACAGGUUACUAUGACAACCAAACAGCUGUUUUCACCUCAUGUCAUUUAUUAAAAGUUUACAGGACGAGCAUCAAUGUGAGCUUUGUGUUAGCUUUAACUAGCUCAAUGUUAGCUUUGAGUUAGCUUGGACUAGCUCAAUGUUAGCUUUGUGUUAGCUUUAACUAGCUCAAUGUGAGCUUUGUGUUAGCUUUAACUAGCUCAAUGUUAGCUUUGUGUUAGCUUUAACUAGCUCAAUGUUAGCUUUGUGUUAGCUUUAACUAGCUCAAUGUGAGCUUUGUGUUAGCUUUAACUAGCUCAAUGUUAGCUUUGUGUUAGCUUUAACUAGCUCAAUGUUAGCUUUGUGUUAGCUCUGACUAGCUCAAUGUUAGCUGUUAACUUGAUUAUAAUUGCUGAUAUGAAUAUUGAUCUGCUGUUGUUAUUGAUCAGUGAUGGAGGACCUCUAGUUGUGUUCUGACGCUGGAGAACAUGUGACAGGACCGACGUAGAAUAAUGGUUCUUUGUUGUUGUUGUUGUUGUUUGAAGGUUUUAUGGUCACUUUACUGUCUGUGAACUUUACUCAGUGUGUCUGUGAAGAAACUACUCGUCAAUCUGUGAAAAUAAAAGACUUUUAUUGA